GAAGCAAAAUAAUAGUGUCGCUCAGGUUGGAGCUAAAACGGACUAAAUGUCGGUUUUCGGCGGCGUUAAAGCACGAAAACAAACCACUUCAACAUCAAAUGUCUUGUGAGUGGGGGGUGUAUUACUGGCUGUGAAUAACGUCCGAACCUUUGGGCUUUACUAUCUCCGCCCACCCCGGAAAACUCAACCGAGUCGUCGUUAUUUUUAUUUUUUAAGGUGACGUGGAGUCGGUUCCCCUCUUAUACACUGCCUCAUGUGUCAAUGAAAGUACUUGGUGUACCCGGAUAUGAACGCAAUGAAUGCAUAAUACGCUGUGACAUUGCGUCGAGGGUUUCCACGAUGUUUAGCUGUAAAUCUUUACAUUGAGGAUCCAGUCUCGGCGCAUACCGGGGCGGAGAGGAGACUGCCAGGGCCCGAAGUCCGUGGAAUCCGGCGGACAGACAGGUUUUGUUGGAUCUGCAGCAUCGGGACUGAAGUGACACAGCAGCGAGUAAGACUGGGGUUAUGCAGUGUGGAAUAGGACACCUGCCAGGUGGCUGCCAGAGGACGAUGGGCCUGCACUGCGUCUUGAUCCUGUGCUUGUUCUCAGGCUGGACGGUGGGCUACAAGCAGGGGGACAACGUGACUCUCUAUGUCAACAAAGUAGGCCCUUAUCAUAACCCCCAGGAGACGUAUCACUACUACACCCUGCCUGUUUGCAGGCCGGAGAAGGUGCAUCACAAGUCCUUGAGUCUGGGAGAAGUGUUGGACGGUGACAGGAUGGCCGAGUCCUUGUAUCACAUCCGCUUCAGAGAGAACGUGGAGAAAAAAACUCUCUGCCAGCUCACACUUUCUGAGAAACAGGUGGAUGAGCUUCGUGAGGCCAUCGAGGAGCUGUUCUACUUUGAAUUCGUCCUGGAUGACAUACCAAUCUGGGGGUUUGUGGGAUACAUAGAGGAGAGCGGCUUCCUGCCCCACAGCCACAAGGUGGGUUUGUGGACUCACCUAGACUUCAACAUUGAGUACAACGGCGACUCAGUGAUUUUUGCCAAUGUCUCGGUUAAAGACGUCAAACCCGUUCCCCUGGAGGAAGGGGCGGGUGCAGCGGUGGGCGGUGUUGGGGUGGGUGGGGGCAGCCUGACAGUCACUCACACUUACAGCGUACGCUGGUUCGAGUCCUCCCUGACUCACGCCAGGAGAGCCGAGCGCCUCAGAGACUACUCGUUCUUCCCCAAAACACUGGAGAUCCACUGGCUGUCCAUCAUCAACUCGCUGGUGCUGGUGGUGCUGCUGUUGGGCUUCGUCAUCAUCAUCCUCAUGCGGGUCCUUAAAAAUGACUUUGCAAGGUACAAUGUGGAGGAGGAGGGCGGCUGUGACGAUCUGGACCAGGGAGACAACGGCUGGAAGAUCAUCCACACUGACGUCUUCAGGUUUCCCCCUUACAAAAGCCUGCUGUGUGCUGUGCUGGGAGUGGGGGCUCAGUUCCUUACCCUCGCAACGGCUAUCAUCCUCAUGGCGUUGCUGGGAAUGUUUAACGUGCACCGCCACGGUGCCAUCAACUCUGCGGCUAUCGUCCUGUAUGCUCUGACCAGCUGUGUGUCAGGCUACGUAUCCUGCAGCUUCUACACACAGAUUAAUGGCCAGCGCUGGGUGUGGAACAUCAUCCUCACCUCGUCGCUCUUCUCUGCUCCUCUGUUCCUCACAUGGAGCGUAGUGAACUCCAUCCACUGGUGGAGUGGCUCCACCCAGGCACUGCCGGCCACCACUGUGCUCCUCCUGCUGGGUGCCUGGGUGCUGGUGGGAUUCCCUCUCACCGUCAUCGGUGGCAUCGUGGGAAAGAACCGAGCCGGUAGCUUCCAGGCUCCCUGCCGCACUCGCAACAUCGCCCGGCAGAUCCCCACACAGCCGUGGUACAAACACACAGCUGUGCACAUGGCCAUCGGCGGCUUCCUGCCAUUCAGUGCUAUCUCAGUGGAGCUCUACUACAUCUUUGCCACCGUGUGGGGCAGAGAGCACUACACCCUCUACGGCAUCCUGCUGUGCGUCUUCGCCAUCCUCCUCUCAGUGGGUGCCUGCAUCUCUGUGGCCCUCACCUACUUCCUGCUGUCUGGAGAGGACUACAGGUGGUGGUGGCGAAGCGUGCUCAGCACGGGCUCCACGGGCCUCUUCAUCUUCGUUUACUCUGUUUUCUACUACCGGAACCGGUCCUCCAUGAGCGGCCUGGUGCAGAGCACGGAGUUCUUCGGCUACUCUCUGCUCACGGCGAUGGUGUUCACGCUGAUGCUGGGCAGCGUCUCGUUCUGGGCCUCCCUGGCGUUUAUUCGCUACAUCUACCGAAGCCUGAAGAUGGACUAGACCUGGAAUAUGCAUACACUCAGACACACAGCAUUAAUUACACAUUUCCUCAUAGCACACACGGACAAUCCUCAUUCUCCUCUCUUGCUUUCAAACAUUAACAACACACACAAACACACACACCUCCCAUAGGGUCAAUGGGAGGAGCAACAGGGGCCUUUAUGUUGGUUUGACAGGAGCUCAUUAUUGAACUCUCAUUGUUGGAAAAAGGGAUAGUGACUUAAUGGAUGGACAGAGGGAUGGGGAUCGUCUAUUUAAGGAUUAAAUGGGAUAAUUUGGUACAAAGGGAUGAUUGCGUCCCAUCAGGAUUGAAUGGGUAAAAUGUAUGAUGAUAUAUGAAUGAAUGGAUUUAAUCAUUGUAUGAUGCAGUGUGGCAGCAUUUGUUCAGGUUCCUACUUCACUGUUUAUGAAGGCUUGGCAGGAUCUACACAACCUCUACUCCCUACAUCACACUGGUUACCCACUGAGAUAGCAGACUGUAGUUUUGAUUGAAUAUGCAGCAGUGCAAGUGUUAAUACUUGCAAUUAUAUUCCCCCCCCACACAUACAAAUGUGGCAGUCAAUUCAAAUAUAGUAGAAUUAUUAUGUUUUGCAGUGGCCCUGUCAAGCUCCACACGGCCCUGCAGUGGAUUAGAAGAAGGAUGCCUGGUGGAUGUAAGAGCUGUUAAAUGUUGGUGAUGGGAGCAAUAUUGUCAUUGUAUUCUAUGGUCACCAUUGACUGUGAUUUUGGUUCUGAUGUAAAUAGUCUUUUCAAUAAAAUGCUUUUUGAAUACAAUA